AUGUUGUCGAAGCUGCGCGGGUUUCUAGAAGACAUGACUGCCGAAGAUACUAUGCGGGCGUUGGUAGGCGGUCAGCAAUCCUUCAGCGCCCCGGCUGUCCGAAACACAUUGAGGCGACUCAUCAAGGCUUUGGAUGAAGACCCGGACAUUACAGCAACAAUUAUACCCCCUUAUAUUCCGUUGACACUCAUCCCUAGCGGAGAAGUGAUUAUGGGAGGAAGCAGGCAGGCCCCGACAGAUUCAGUUGGCCGUAAUGAUCCCUACAUCCACGGAGCUAUGGCCCUUUUCGGAAUGUGCGAUGAGGAUUGGCCAUGUUACCCGAUCAUGGCAAAGGCCAUACAGUUACGAGGGAUGCCAGGACUGCAGGAAUUGGUAUCUGUUUGUGAGCCUCAAGGUCGGAGAGGCCGAAGGAAAGAUGUUGGUAGAUCAUGUAAUUGUCUGCAUAUUGAAGUAUACGCUGGAGCUAGUCUAGCCACAGACUCAAAUACAGAAAAAUCACUCAGCAUACCGGGCCGGAGUCAACCAAGCCACUUGGUGUUCGGAAAAGUUGCCAGCUUGGUACGACACCCGUCGGUCACAUCCUCCAUGCCAAGGAAGCUUCUGUUACUGACCAAAGUUGGCCGUGGUCAUGCCAGCGCGCUCCUUGCUGUUGCAGAGGACUUGCUACAGAGGAAGGCAAGAAUUGAAAUUCAUUUUGCAACCUUGAACAGCCUCCAGACGGAGGUGUACUCGCUCUGGGAAAAUGCCGAGAAUCAAGCUGCCACGGCAACACCUAUUGAUUUCCACAGACUCCAGGGCUUGAAAAUGGAAGCGGGAUUCAUGCAAUACUUUUCUACGACAUUCGUUCCAUGCCGCGAUAGUUACCUUCCAGAGUCGUACUUGAGGCCACUGGGCAUUAGAACAACGAUGCGAGCCAUUCGCGACACCAUGACAAUUACGGUGCCGUACAGUGGUACUCAUAUGCAGAUAUUAUUUAAUUCGGUUGCUAGCAUCAUUACUUCCCUUACAUUACAGCUGUGA